AUGACCAGAAGGACCGGCCGCUUCGCCUCCGUGGACGCGUUCUGGGAACUCCUCCUCAGGGCCGUUCGGCGACGUGCGGGCGAAGCAAUCGAGAAGAGCCGCGACGGCGAAGACGAGGAUGUGACCCUCAACCUGUGGGACGUGACCGACUUGGAGGCUCUGCGGCGCUCUGCUGGGGGGGAGAAGCCCUCGUCGCCGGCUUCCUCGGAAGACAAACACUUCCUGAUUCUCACCCACAGCGCUGGCUCGAGAAGAGUGCACUAUCCUCUGGCGCUGCACAGACAGAGCGAGACGCGAGAGGAGACGUCUGAGACUGCAGCGAAAGGCCGAGAAGGCGCGCGUGUCACAGAGGCGCCGACACCCUGCUUGGCGUCACCCCCCCAGACAGCCUCGUCGAGCAAACACCUUUCACAUCCGCCGCGUUCUCUGGCGCUGUCCGAAACGAAGCCUACCACACCGCGAAGCAGGCUGACCCAUAUCGACGCCGCAGACGCUUGCGCUUCGCAGCGCUCCUGCGCUUCCUCGGAUGGCUCCAUUCCUCGCCUAGGCCCCGUGCCGGUGGCUGCCGUUGAGCUGUCUUCUGCGCGUUCUGUCUCCUCGGCAAAACCCGCCGCUUCGCUGUCUCCGAGAAGUCCGGCGAGCUGCGCCGUCGCCAGGCGAGAGACAGCCCGUCGGCCGUCGCUCGGGAAUCGCGCCGAGACGACGGACGCCAGGGCGAAAAGACGCGACCUCGCAAACGAAAACUCACACGAUUGCGAACCCCCCAGACCUCUCCUCGCAAGACGUGACGGAAGCCGCGAUUCGCUGGCGGGAUGCCAGGGCGUGGAGCACGGCGACGGGGCUCUGAACGCCCGACUCCUCGCUGCGCGAUUGGAGCAAGUCGAGCGAGAACUGCAUGUGACGGCGCGGCAGCUCGACACAGAGAGACACCUCCGGGAGAGAGAGACAGCGCGCCUGAAGGCCGAACUCGAGAAGGCGCGACGAACGGAAAACGCUCUGAGAAACCGAGUUCGCGAGCUAGAAGCAACACUCAGGCUAACCACCGUUCGACUGGCGAGUCGCCCGCCGCUAAGCCGAUCGGCCUCUAUGCGUCUUGCUUCCGCUGACCGGCACUCGCCGAGCUCGUCGCUCCGCGCCUCCUCUCCGCGGCCUGCCUUCUCUGCUGUCUCUUCUGUCUCCUCUCGCGAAGGCCCUCCGCGUGGCGCGCCUGCCCUGCGAGCGGCCGUUCGCUGUCCUUCGCCUGUGCACUAUUUUUCGUCUCUGUCUCGGCCUGCCACUUGCCCUCGCGGAGGCCAAACCGUCCCUAUGUCUCCUUCCCGAGUGUGGGGAGACAGAGACAGUUCUCGGGGUCGCUUCGGUGAUUCGAUGACGGGCAGCCGCCGGCAACUUCUGAGGGGCGUCGAAUUGGAGGCGAGUGGAGCCGCGGGAGGCUUUCAGGGCCGGCGUAUCCGUUCUUCUCUGCAGGAGUCCGCUUGCUCUGUCGCCUCGUCCCGAGGUGUCUCCUCUUGGGCCCGCCCGAGGGGCGCGUCCAGAGACACCCUUCCUUCCCCCGUCGCGACCUACUCAGACGAAGACGAGGGGUUUUCUGCUUCCAGUCGAGGACUUCUUCCUCCACGAAGGGAACCCUCUGGAGGUGUUGAGUCUCUCCACGCGCCCCACCAGCCCCCAACUGCCCCUGGGUUAUCGCGGACAGCGAAAGGAGACAGCCGAGGCGGCGACAGUUCCUACGUUAUGAUUCCUGUCGAGGCGCUGAAGCAACUUCUCCGGAAUGCUCCGGAAAAAGAGUUGGAAGAGCCACACAGGCCCGCUGGCGCUUCACUGCCUCUCGAGGGUGGGGGGGAGGCCGUUGUAGACAGGAAGGUUUUGAGUGUACUUCCCGAGCACGCAAGCUGCUGUCAGCGCAGACAGGAAUGCGAGGCAGGCCCCCCUUGUGGGGACGGGGGUAGGAUCCUGCCAAACCCGCGGGAGCCCCGCCGCGAGCUCUCUUUCGAGUCUCAGGAGCCGUCCUCCGAGCAAUCUGCAAGUUACCCCGGUCACGAUGGCUGCAGUCCCUCUCAGGGUGACUCGAUCGCGGGCUCGGAAAUGCGGCUCCACGCCCGCCAAGCCAUCCAGGGGGGGGCCGCGCCUGCGGGGGGUGCGCUUGGGGGGCUGGAGGCACUUGUGGGGUCGGCGACACUUAUGGGGCCCGCUUUUAGAGAGGAGCCAGAAGGGCCUUCAGGCCUGUUUGAAGGUCCUGCGGCUCUGGCGCCCCACCCUGGCGGUGUGGGGAAAGCGUCCCUGCCGCACCUUCGGGUCGAUGGCGGCAGGCGCGACGGGUCACCGGACGGUGCGGGGUCUGUUCGGGGAUUUCAGCUGAGCAGGAAGGAGACUCCUGAGAGAGAAAGAGAAGACAUGGACGAAAGAGUGCCAGUGCACCGAUCGGCGACCAGGCUCGUCGCUCUAGGUCGAGGGGGUUUGCAUCCCGGAGAAAAUGAAGACAACCGCGGAGUGCAGAGGCUCCAAAAAGAGGCACAUCUUUUCCCGCAGGAGCCGGCGUCUGAGCAGCUCGGUGCGGGCGACGGAUGGGACCCCAACGGAGACAGGAAAGGGGGAUUCGUUCGGUUUCCUGACAAGCGCACCGAAACGGAGAGUGGGCGCAACGCGUACUCGGAAAUCGACCGCAGACUUUCGGCUCUUCAAGAAUUCCUCAAAUCCACCAGACAAACCUUCAAGAUGCUCGAAAGAGCAGAGAGCGCUGCCCCGUAG